AUGAAGCGCAGUAGAAGCAACAAUGCCGGCAUAAGCGCAGUGCUGGAUCGCAGUGAUGUGGGGAGCAUCGAUGCUGCUGUUGCUGCUGCUGGAUCGGGGGCUGCCAACCAGACCGGUGAGUGUACGGCAGCGCAGCGUUGCUAUGAAGUACUGUACGGGCAAAUAUCAACCAGAAAGCACAAGCGGUGGCAGGGCGAUGGGCUGUUGUUCUGUCGAGAACGCUACGUGGUACUGCAGAAUGAGGACGGAGAGGAGAUUGCCAAGGCCAAUGGUUUUUCAAUCAGGCAACUCAGCGAGUUGACAGAGGGUAGCCGUUUGAAGUUGAAUGCCUAUGAAUUGGAAGUGCAAGCUGAGCGAUGCCUGGGUUUCUCGCCGUUUCCAGCAAAUACUGAAUCGGAAAAUUGUUUAAAUUCGAAUCCCUCCACUAUUGGAGUGGCUGAAAAUUGCAGCGGUGCAAAGAAGAUCGCCCGGUGCAGUUUCAUUUCUCCGAUAUUUGGACGAGAUGAUCAGCUGGAUCUUGUGCUGGAUGAGCAAAGCGAUGAAAAUGAUUGUGAUCGAUGGCGCCGGGUCACCGUCGAUGCAAGAAUUGCGCGUUAUUUACGGCCACAUCAAAUCGAUGGCGUGCAUUUCAUGUACAAACAUUUGAAGGAUGGCGGUGGUGGAAUAAUACUUGCCGAUGAAAUGGGCUUGGGUAAAAGCGUUCAGACAAUCUCUCUGAUCACUGCACUGCUGAGAAAGCGACUGAACUGCGAGCCGAUCAUCCGCAAGUGUGUCAUCGUUGUCCCAACAUCACUGGUAAACAAUUGGUACGCGGAAUUCAUAAAAUGGUCACCGCAGUCACGUGCAUCUUUAUUUGUUGCCAUCAAAUCAGCAGACGUUGAUAAACUAAUUGGUUAUCCAAAAUUAUCAACAAUCCUCAUAAUUAGUUAUGAUCUGCUUGCGCGUGUUAUUGAAAAAUUUGCCGGCGUAUCGAUCGAAUUGCUGGUCUGCGAUGAAGCACAUAGGCUUAAAAAUCUCAAUGGAAGACUCCGGGAACAGAUGUACAGAUUAAACGCACAUCGUCGUCUGCUGCUAACCGGAACUCCAAUGCAAAAUGAUUUGGAGGAAUUUUUUUCGCUUCUUAAUUUUGCGCGCCCAGAUCUAUUUUCCUCAUUCGCUGAAUUCAAAUAUCUAUGUGAAAUCGAGAAAUUCCUCUGCUACGAUCAUUUGACUUUGGUUGAUGUGCUCAGAAAACUGUGCAAUCAUCCAUCAAUCCUCUUCCAGAGUGUCGUCUCAAGGCUUCAGACUUGCAAGGAGGAGGAAAAAGAAUUUUACAAAGAAAUUCUGCGACUAUUUCCUGACACAUACAACCAUCGUUCCCUCUCACUAGCUGAUUCCGGUAAAUUGAGCGUUUUAGCGGAUUUAUUGGGAGCAUUUCGCGUACAAAAUGAAAAAGUAGUCGUUGUGUCUAAUUUUACAAAGUGCCUUGAUUUACUGGAAGGUUUGUGUAGAAGUUUAUACUUUGAUGUUUUACGACUGGAUGGCUCAACCGAAGCAAGAAAACGAAUGCAAAUCGUGGAUAAGUUCAACUCUACUUCAGCGACCAACUGCGCCUUCUUGCUAAGCGCCAAAGCAGGAGGCCUUGGUCUUAACCUGUUUGGUGCAAGUCGAAUGGUUUUGUUUGAUUCGGACUGGAAUCCAGCAGUUGAUGUGCAAGCAAUGGCUCGUAUUUGGAGACAAGGACAGCAGAAGCCGUGUCACAUUUAUAGGCUCAUCACCGCAGGUACAGUCGAUGAGAAGAUCUUGCAAAGGCAGAUCAAAAAAAGCAGUUUGAGUACAGUGAUUGAAAUGAUUUCUGUUGAAUCUUUAACUCAUUUUUCCGAUGAAGAACUACAGGAUAUUUUUACACUUCAUGAAGAUGAGGAAUGUGAAACUCACUGUUUGAUCGAAUGCACUUGCGAUGGCAACGGCCUUUUACUGAAUGAAAUUGCUGCGAAUCAUGAGGAAGUUGAUGAGGAGGACAUCGACGACGCAGACAGUGAGAAAUGUGUUUCAUCUGAAAAUGAAGAAAAUGCUAACAGUGGCUCUGUUCUUUCUUCUGUAGCAGAUGACCCACCGCUGACUGACGAUAAGUGCGAUGAUCCUGAAAACUGUAAAACGCAACAGACUGAAAACGAAAAAAGAACGCAAGAAGAUGACGUAUCACUAUCAGCGAGUGCUUUGAUGGGAACCCUGCUGCGAUGGCGACAUUAUUCACCACGGCAUCACGAGCAAUUUGAACAAAUGAAAGGUGAAGCAGGCUUAGGAAAUUGUGAUUUGCAGGAUGUUUCAUUUGUGAUGAAAAGUGCUUUGAUGGGAACCCUGCUGCGAUGGCGACAUUAUUCACCACGACAUCACGAGCAAUUUGAACAAAUGAAAGGUGAAGCAGGCUUAGGAAACUGUGAUUUGCAGGAUGUUUCAUUUGUGAUGAAAGUCGUUUCCAACUUCUAA